AGAGGAGAUUGAACCAUGAGAGAGAACUUUGAUAUUGUGUCAUCAUCCCAAAACAUGGCGUUCACUGACUGUAUGAAACCCACUGACCUGUCCGCAGAGAAGAAGGAGAUAAAGAGGAAAAACUGGAGAAACAGAAUAGGAUUCUUCCUGAAGACAAACUCUUCCCAGACAAUACGACAUCUGAUGAAAAACAGAUCUUACAGGCCGACUCCUGAUGACGUGCAGCAGUGGGCGCAGUCACUUGACCAACUCCUCAGUCAUAAAUAUGGAAAAGCUGCCUUUUGUAUCUUUCUGAAGUCUGAGUUCUGUGAGGAGAACAUUGAGUUUUGGACGGCCUGUGAGGAUUUCAGGAUCCUCACGUCGCAGAAAGAGCUGGUGUCCAAGGCCAACAGUAUUUACGAGGAGUUCAUUAAAAGCGAAGCUCCCAAAGAGAUAAACCUGGAUUUCCACACAAAGAACUGCAUCGUCCAAAGCCUCCAUGAGCCCACUGUGACCAGCUUCCUGGCAGCUCAGAGGAAAGUCUACAGCCUGAUGGAGAACAACUCUUACCCCAGAUUUAUCUACUCUGACCUCUACAAAGAACUGUCUACAGCUGCCAAGGGAGAGGGCAAGCACAUUAAGUCCUAGUCAAACUAGACACCCACUCCUGAAGUCAUUUGUUUACCGCUGCGACUGUGUGAACAGACCGGUGAAGAUGUUGAUUCCAGGCAGCGCCUCGGUAUAACAGACCCGAAUGCAAAUCCUGAGUAUAAACAAUAACGGCUUGUGUGGAAAAUGCAAAAUGUAAAGCAAUUUGCUGACAACAAUGACGUUGGGAUGAUGAGGCAGCAUGCUGCAUGCUGCUGCAGGCAGUGCACAGAGCAUUUCUAUGAUGGGAUUAAGAUUACAUUUUCAUCACUGGGCCGUAACCGGCACUUUCUUUAUGCUAUUUCUUUAUUAGAAUUUGAUAUUUGGAGCAGUGAUGCGUUCAAGAAAAUGCUGCUGAAGUGCAACAUUCAAAGCUGAGAAGACUGUCAAAAAAUGUUUCUUUACCGACAAUGCAGUUUGAAUGUAUUUCUAUACUGAUAUCCACUUGAAGACUUUCAUGUGUACAACACUAACUUUUUAACCCUGGUUUACAUUGCCAUGUGCAAUUUUUAAUUUAUCUAAUAAUAUUAUUCACAAUUUCUACCAAAGAAGUUUCUGUGAUGUUAUGUAUUGUAAAUAUUGCAUGUGUUGAAUGUGAAUUUAAGUUUGCAGGCAGCUGGACUGUUUGGGAAAUAAAAUGUGUCCUUCAAUUCUGAAAUGUCUCUAAUGCAUUUAUUUC